GACGACGUCGGGAGACACAGUGGAGCUGGUGGAGGAAUCUUUGGAUGUCAACUUGCUGAACAACGCCGUACGCCUCUGCAUCCAGGGGUGCCCGUUUUUACCGGGCGGUGUGCACCUCUGCGAAGUGCAGAACCACUUGGUCAUCCUGCUGAUCACCGGGCAGACGGUGCAUCGCCUGCUCCUGCCGCAUCCCGCCCGCAUGUACCGCAGCGAGCUGAUAACAGAGAGCCAAAUGCAGUCCGUGUUUACAGAUAUUGGCAAAAUCAACUUCCAAGACCCCUCGAAUUACUACGUGAUUCCCAGCGUGCCAGGCCUGGCGUCAAAUUCCGUUGCCUCAGCGGCGUGGCUGAGCAGCGAGGGGGAGGCUCUCUUUGCUCUGCCCUCGGCCUCGGGAGGGAUCUUCGUCCUUAAGCUGCCUCCUCACGACAUGCCUGGAACGGUUUCGAUUGUGGAAUUGAAGCAGAGCUCCGUGGUGCAGCGUUUCCUGACCGGUUGGAUGCCAAAUGCCAUCAGAGGUGACUGUGGCCCGUCAGACCUGCCCGUCAGCCUCUCUGUUCACUGCCUAGAUCACGAUGCCUUCCUCUUCGCGCUCUGCCAGGACCACAAGCUUCGGAUGUGGUCCUAUAAGGAUCAAAUGUGCCUGAUGGUUGCAGAUCUGAUGGAGUUCAUGCCGGUCAGCAGGGACCUGCGGCUUGCAGCCAGGACUGGGUACCGACUGCGACUGGCCUUCUCCCAGUCCCUGGGCCUUUACCUCGGUGUGUACAUGCACACGCCCAAGCAAGGACAGUUCUGUGUCUUCCAGCUGGUGAGCACCGAGAGCAACCGCUACAGCCUUGACCACAUCUCGUCCCUGUUCUCCUCGCAGGAGACUCUGGUUGACUUUGCCUUAACCUCGGCUGAGAUCUGGGCGCUGUGGCACAACGAAGAGAACGAAACCAUGGUGAAAUACAUCAACUUUGAGCAAAACGUUGCGGGUCAGUGGAACCAGGUCUUUGUGCAGCCGCUGCCUGACGAAGAAGUGACGGUUCGACACAAUCAGGACCCCAGGGAAACCUACCUGGAGUACCUCUUCACUCCUGGCCGGUUCACAAACGCAGCUAUCCAGAAGGCUUUACAGGUCUUUUCCCAAGGAACUGAGAAGUACAUGGACCUGACGUGGGACGAGUUAAAAAAAGAGGUUACCUUGGCGGUGGAGAGCGAGUUCCAGGGCAGCUUGGCGGAAUACGAGUGCUCGCUGGAGGAGUUUUGGCAACUCCAGGUGGAAUUUUGGUCCAAGUUUUACGCCUGCUGCCUUCAGUACCAAGAAGCGCUUUCGCGGCCGCUGGCCCUGCACCUCAAUCCCUACACCAGCAUGGUGUGCCUGCUCAAGAAGGGCUCCCUGUCUUUCCUCGUGCCCUGCUCCUUGGUGGACCAUCUCUAUCUCCUCUCUAAUGAGCAUCUCCUGACUGAGGAUGACGCUGCUGCCUUUGAUGAUUUGGAGAUCUCUCGUGAUGUUGUCUGUCUUGUCCAGUGCCUUCGACUGAUUGGAGACUCAGUUUCCAUGGAAAUGGCAUUCAUAAUGGAAAUGGCUUGCUCCCGUCUCCAGCCUCCAGAAAAGGCUGCAGAGCAGAUCCUGGAGGACUUGAUAGCUAGCGACACGGAAAACGUGAUGGAAGAAAUACAGAGCAAACUGCAGGAGGUCAGAAACCCCAUCCAUGCCAUUGGAGUGCUCAUCCGCGAAAUGGACUACGAGACGGAUGCUGACAUGGAGAGAGCUCAUCACCUGAAUGUGCGCAUGAACCUCGCCCAGCUGUACAGCAGUGGUACCGCUGUCAGCGUGGUUUGCUGCGGGGUAGGUAAGAUUGCCACCAUCCGUUUCCUGAUCUGUCGGGACCUGUUGAUCCUCCAACAGCUGUUGCUGCGGCUCGGAGAUCCUAUGGUUUUUGAAGGGGGACAGCUCUUACAGUCUCAGCAGGACCUGCUGCACCGCACCUCUCCCCUGCUGCUGUCCUACUACGUGAUCAGGUGGGCGAGCCAAUGCCUGGCCUCAGACGUCCCCGUCGACACGCUGGAAUCGAACCUGCAGCAUCUCUCUGUGUUGGAGUUAGCAGACACCACUGUUCUAACGCCCCAUAAACUAGUAUCCAGCCCUCAGACGAUCGUGGAGCUGUUUUUCCAUGAAGUGGCCAGAAGGCACAUCAUAUCUCGACUCUUCUUGCAACCGAAUGCCUCUUUGGCCGAAACGAGUUUGAACUGGCCCCAGCUCGUGACUGCAAUAGUGGCGGAUUUUCUGCCGCUCCUAUGGCCCAGCAAUCCCGGGUUCCUCCUCCCCGAGUGCCUGAUGGGGAGCUGUCAGUACAUCCAGCUGCAGGAAUACAUUCGCCUGCUGCAGCCCUGGUGCCACGUGAACAGGGGCUCCUGCUGCUUCAUGAUGGGCCGCUGCUACCUUGUUCUGGGCGAGGGGCACAAGGCUUUGGAUUGUUUCUGCCAAGCUGCCUCGGAGGUGGGAAGAGAAGAAUUCUUGGACAGGCUGAUCCAACCCGAGGAGGGCGAGAUGAUCUCUACUCCACGCCUGCAGUACUACAACAAG